GAUCUGACGCGGUGCGCGCGAUCUGUGGCGGGAACUGAGAGGCUGCGGCAUAGUUGCUCCCGCGCUGUUUUCCGUCUGUCAAUCUGCCAGUCCCGGCAGGGUCUGAGUCGCCAUGGAGGCCCCGCCAAUCCGGCAGCAGCAGCAGCAGCAGCAGCCUGCGGCCAAAAACAGGAAUCUGCCCUGGGUGGAGAAGUACCGGCCACAGACGCUGGAUGAGCUCAUAUCGCACCAGGACAUUCUCAGCACCAUCCAGAAGUUCAUCAGUGAAGACCGGCUGCCCCACCUGCUCCUCUACGGCCCCCCCGGAACAGGCAAGACGUCCACCAUCCUGGCCUGCGCCCGGCAGCUCUACAAGGACAAGGAGUUUAACUCGAUGGUCCUGGAGCUGAACGCGUCGGAUGACCGUGGAAUCGACAUCGUGCGAGGCCCCAUCCUGAGCUUCGCCAGCACGAGGACAAUCUUUAAGAAGGGCUUCAAACUCGUGAUCCUGGACGAGGCGGACGCCAUGACGCAGGAUGCGCAGAACGCCCUGAGGAGAGUGAUCGAGAAGUUCACGGAGAACACGCGCUUCUGCCUCAUCUGCAACUACCUGUCCAAGAUCAUCCCCGCCCUGCAGUCGCGCUGCACGCGCUUCCGCUUCGGCCCGCUCACGCCCGAGCUCAUGGUGCCGCGGCUGGAGCACGUCAUCGCCGAGGAGAAAGUGGACGUCAGUGAGGACGGCAUGAAGGCUCUGGUGACCCUGUCCAGCGGCGACAUGCGCCGGGCCCUGAACAUCCUGCAGAGCACCAACAUGGCUUUCGGGAAGGUGACGGAGGAGACGGCGUACACGUGCACGGGGCACCCCCUCAAGGCCGACAUCGCCAACAUCCUCGACUGGAUGCUCAACCAGGACUUCACCAGCGCCUACAGGAACAUCACGGAGCUGAAGACCCUCAAGGGCCUGGCGCUGCACGACAUCCUGACCGAGAUCCACCUGUUCGUGCACCGAGAAAAUCCAGGAAAGGAGUCAGCUUUUCUCACUAACCACGUGUCAGUCCAAAGGAAGAGAUUUAAGAACAGCCUCACCAGGAACAGGGUAUCAGGUCCAGUCAGCAGAAUUUUCUCCAAUCUCAACUUGAACUCAGAACUCCAAGUCAAAACUCACUCAGGAAGUUGUAACUCCCUUUUAAAGACAUUUUCUCUUGCAUCACUUCCUGUGCCUUCCCCUAAUUUUACAUCUACCAAUCACAGUUGAAGCUUUGCUUUAGGACUGCUCAGGGGCAGGCAGUUUUAUUCUCAUUCAUCACCCACUAUUACACACAUGGGUCACAGACCUCCCCCACUCAAGUAUGAAUGGGGGGCUUACACCUUUGGCGAUUAAAUCAAAAAGAGCAGAUCAUACUUUUGGUGACUAAAUCUAAAAAUAGGCCGGGGAUACAAUUUAAUCUUCACAAUCAGGGGACAGUUAAAUCUAAUCUUCACACUUGGAACCAAUACGCAGUAUUGAUUCUAGGACAGAAGGUAAGGGGUUAAAAAAAAGAAAGAAAUUUCACUUUAUAGAAUAUCCUCUGGGAAAUGCAGUACCCAAGAAAGAGUGGGAAGUAGCUCACCCUUGUCU